AUGCAAUCACUGACCGGGGGAGCUUUGAAUGGAUCUAGCUGGGUAGAUAGAGAUAGUGGAUCUAGCUGGGUAGAUAGAGAUUGUGGAUCUAGCUGGGUAGAUAGAGAUAGUGGAUCUAGCUGGGUAGAUAGAGUUAGUGGAUCUAGCUGGGUAGAUAGAGUUAGUGGAUCUAGCUGGGUAGAUAGAGAUAGUGGAUCUAGCUGGGUAGAUAGAGGUAGUGGAUCUAGCUGGGUAGAUAGAGGUAGUGGAUCUAGCUGGGUAGAUAGAGAUAGUGGAUCUAGUUGGGUAGUUAGAGGUAGUGGAUCUAGCUGGGUUGAUAGAGGUAGUGGAGUUAGCUGGGUAGACAGAGGUAGUGGAGUUAGCUGGGUAGACAGAGGUAGUGGAGCUAGCUGGGUAGACAGAGGUAGUGGAGUUAGCUGGGUAGAUAGAGGUAGUGGAGUUAGCUGGGUAGAUAGAGUUAGUGGAUCUAGCUGGGUAGAUAGAGGUAGUGGAGUUAGCUGGGUAUAUAGAGGUAGUGGAGUUAGCUGGGUAGAUAGAGGUAGUGGAGUUAGCUGGGUAGAUAGAGGUAGUGGAGUUAGCUGGGUAGAUAGAGGUAGUGGAGUUAGCUGGGUAGACAGAGGUAGUGGAGUUAGCUGGGUAGACAGAGGUAGUGGAGCUAGCUGGGUAGAUAGAGGUAGUGGAGUUAGCUGGGUAGACAGAGGUAGUGGAGUUAGCUGGGUAGACAGAGGUAGUGGAGCUAGCUGGGUAGAUAGAGGUAGUGGAGUUAGCUGGGUAGAUAGAGGUAGUGGAGUUAGCUGGGUAGACAGAGGUAGUGGAGCUAGCUGGGUAGAUAGAGGUAGUGGAGCUAGCUGGGUAGAUAGAGGUAGUGGAGUUAGCUGGGUAGAUAGAGGUAGUGGAGUUAGCUGGGUAGAUAGAGGUAGUGGAGCUAGCUGGGUAGAUAGAGGUAGUGGAGCUAGCUGGGUAGAUAGAGGUAGUGGAGCUAGCUGGGUAGAUAGAGGUAGUGGAGCUAGCUGGGUAGAUAGAGGUAGUGGAGCUAGCUGGGUAGAUAGAGGUAGUGGAGCUAGCUGGGUAGGUCAUGUAGUUCUUCCAAUUACCAUCUCUGGUAAACACACAGUGAAAGUGUAUUUGUCACAUGCACAGGCUACUGAAGGUGUAAAUGGUACAGUGAAAUGGUUACUUGCAUAGUGGAGUCUUUUGUUUAGAUAAUUCACCAUAAUCCCAACUCCAAAACAUUACUACCCUGCAUGAAUCUGCAGGUACUGUAGCUAAAGCUGACUAACUCAUUUCAAUGUUAGCUAGCUAACAUUCCACAACCAACAUUCAACAGCCUGAUCAACUCGAUGCGAAGGGGAUGUGUCGCACUGCAUGAGGCAAAUGGUGGUCACACCAGAUACUGACUGGUUUUCUAAUCCACGCCACUUUAUUGUUUUAAGGGAGUGAGGCUAGCUGUGAAGAUGAAGGGAGUGAGGCUAGCUGGGAAAAUGAAGGGAGUGGGGCUAUCUGGGAAAAUGAAGGGAGUGAGGCUAGCUGGGAAAAUGAAGGAAGUGAGGCUAGCUGGGAAAAUGAAGGGAGUGAGGCUAGCUGGGAAGAAUGUCUGUCUGUAGCCAUGGGCACCACUGCCCUCCAGGCUGAUCAAUGGAAAGGACAGAGAGAGUGAUUCCUGUGGAAUAGUACAUUGGAACCAGCAGCUUUAAUUAUCAGAUGGUUGAUUCUGAUUUCACACUAAAUGGUUGUGGAGCAGCUUGGCUGCAUUUACUCAGCUUGGGGUAAAUUUGGACAUCAGGUAAAGCAACUAUAAUGUAGUAGUUUAUUACAUGUUUUCUACUGAGUUUGUGAAUGUGAUAUGAUGGACACUGAAUAAAUGCAUCAAUGAAAGCUGUCUUUGUUGGUGGGGUGAACUAGUCACCCUGCUGUGUUGUUGAGCUGCCAGGGCUUGAUCAGAAACAAACAACGCCUUUCAAUGGCAGUGUUCUCACCCUGAAAUAAUAAGCCUGGCUGGAGGACAGAGGGAGCAAGGUGGCGGUGGGGGGAAUAACGUAUUGCCCCCACCCUCGAUCCUGGGUUGCUGGCAGGGAAAGCAUGCCAUGGCUGAGGGCAAGGCCUGCUCUCACCCCUCCCUCUCUCAAGGCUGGCCCAAACGACCCUGUGUGUUUGCUUAUGUUAGUGCACGCGUGUGUUUGCCCGCUCGCUGUGCCUGCGAGUGUUUAAUUUUGCAGGAUGAGGAGAGAGAGAACCAUAUUGGAAUGGAAAAUGACCUGUGGCUGCUCCAGAGAGGCGUGGAGAGGGAGAGAGGCAGACAGAAAAUAGAUUUUCUCUGGUGGCGUCUGCUCUGUACAGCCAACCAUGUUAGUAAGCAGAGCCUAGGAGCCCUCCACAUCUAGUCUCAUUGAGACCCGGCUAAAAUUGACCAACUAAGCAGCUAGUUUAGAUCAUUACACUACACUACACUAGAUUCAUAUUUAUCCUACUUUUCCUUCCUCAGAGUCUCAGAGUCUCUGCCCGACUGUCGAUUAAAGCAACCUUAAAGGACAGCUCUUCAAAUCAAAUGUUAUUUGUCAAAUGCUCCGAAUACAACAGUUGUACACCUUACAGUGAAAUGCUUACUUACAAGCCCUUAACCAACAAUUCUUUAAGAAGUUAAGAAAAAAAAAGUGUUAAGUAAAAAAUAGAUUGGUAGAAAAUAGAAAAUAAAAGCACCAAAUAAUUAAACAGCAGCAGUAAAAUAACAAGCAAGGCUAUAUACAGGAGGUACCGGUACAGAGUCAAUGUGGGGGGGGCACCGGUUAGUCGAGGUAAUUGAGGUAAUAUGUACAUGUCCUUAGAAUUAAAGUGACUAUGCAUAGAUUUUAAACAGAGAGUAGCAGCAGCGUAAAAGAGGGGUCUGGGUAGCCCUUUCAUUAGCUGUAUAUGGGGUCUUAUGGCUUGGGGUUGAAUCUGUUAAGAUGC